GCAGCGGCGGCAGCCAGAACAGGAGCAGCGAUAGCUACGGUUUCCAGAACAGGAGCCAGGGCAGCGGAGGCAGCUCAGUGCUGGGCACCUGUGCGGAGCAGGAGUAGCAGGACCAGGGGGUGGGGUCGGUGCCAGCCACUCUGAGCCAGAGAAGGAAGGGGCACCUCACAGAUUCCACUGCUGGGAAUAAUCUCCAGGGGAGGUGGCACCGACCUGGGAAUACUGGUGGGGGUGAACAUGUGCAGGAACAGCUAGAGGCCUCGGGGCAGGAAAACAUUUGGUUCACGUGUGGACAGGCAAGAAAAGCUGUCUGGGACCAUGGCAGCCUCCCGCCUGGACUUUGGGGAGGUGGAAACUUUCCUGGACAGGCACCCAGAGUUGUUUGAAGAUUACUUGAUGCGGAAGGGGAAGCAGGAGAUGGUUGAAAAGUGGCUGCAGAGGCAUAGUCAGGGUCAAGGGGCUUUAGGUCCAAGGCCCUCUUUGGCUGGUACCAGCAGCUUGGCUCACAGCACCUGCAAAGGUGGCAGCAGCGUUGGUGGUGGCAUUGGACCAAAUGGCUCUGCCCAUAGCCAGCCUCUUCCCGGUGGCGGGGACUGUGGUGGGGUUCCCUUGAGUCCCAGCUGGGCCAGUGGCAGCAGGGGCGAUGGGAACCUGCAGCGGAGAGCUUCUCAGAAAGAGCUAAGGAAGAGUUUUGCCCGCUCCAAGGCCAUCCACGUGAACAGGACUUACGAUGAACAGGCGACCUCCCGGGCUCAGGAACCCCUGAGCAGUGUACGACGGAGGGCACUUCUCCGGAAGGCCAGCUCCCUGCCCCCCACCACAGCCCAUAUUCUCAGUGCGCUGCUGGAAUCGAGAGUGAAUCUGCCUCAGUAUCCUCCUACAGCCAUCGACUACAAGUGCCACCUGAAAAAGCAUAAUGAGCGUCAGUUCUUUCUGGAAUUGGUCAAAGAUAUCUCCAAUGACCUUGACCUCACCAGCCUGAGCUACAAGAUUCUUAUCUUUGUCUGCCUUAUGGUGGACGCUGACCGCUGCUCUCUUUUCCUGGUGGAAAGGGCAGCUGCUGGCAAGAAGAGCUUAGUCUCCAAAUUCUUUGAUGUGCAUGCAGGAACCCCUCUGCUGCCUUGCAGCAGCACAGAGAACUCAAAUGAGGUGCAGGUCCCCUGGGGCAAAGGCAUCAUUGGCUAUGUCGGGGAGCAUGGAGAAACGGUCAACAUUCCUGAUGCCUAUCAGGAUCGACGAUUCAAUGAUGAAAUCGACAAGCUAACUGGAUACAAGACAAAAUCAUUAUUGUGCAUGCCUAUCCGAAGCAGUGAUGGUGAGAUUAUUGGUGUGGCCCAAGCGAUAAAUAAGAUUCCUGAAGGAGCUCCAUUUACUGAAGAUGAUGAAAAAGUUAUGCAGAUGUAUCUUCCGUUUUGUGGAAUCGCCAUAUCUAACGCUCAGCUCUUUGCUGCCUCAAGGAAAGAAUAUGAAAGAAGCAGAGCUUUGCUAGAGGUCGUUAAUGACCUCUUUGAAGAACAAACUGACCUGGAGAAAAUUGUCAAGAAAAUAAUGCAUCGGGCCCAAACUCUGCUGAAAUGUGAACGCUGUUCUGUUUUACUCCUAGAGGACAUCGAAUCACCAGUGGUGAAAUUUACCAAAUCCUUUGAAUUGCUGUCCCCGAAGUGCAGUGCUGAUGCUGAGAACAGUUUCAAAGAAAGCAUGGAGAAAUCAUCGUACUCCGACUGGCUAAUAAAUAACAGCAUUGCUGAGCUAGUUGCUUCAACAGGCCUCCCAGUGAAUAUCAGUGAUGCCUACCAGGAUCCGCGCUUUGAUGCAGAGGCGGACCAGAUAUCGGGUUUUCACAUAAGAUCUGUUCUCUGUGUCCCUAUUUGGAAUAGCAACCACCAAAUAAUUGGAGUGGCUCAAGUGUUAAACAGACUUGAUGGGAAACCUUUUGAUGAUGCAGAUCAACGACUUUUUGAGGCUUUUGUCAUCUUUUGUGGACUUGGCAUCAACAACACAAUUAUGUAUGAUCAAGUGAAGAAGUCCUGGGCCAAGCAGUCUGUGGCUCUUGAUGUGCUAUCAUAUCAUGCAACAUGUUCAAAAGCUGAAGUUGACAAGUUUAAGGCAGCCAACAUCCCUCUGGUGUCAGAACUUGCCAUCGAUGACAUUCAUUUUGAUGACUUUUCUCUUGACGUUGAUGCCAUGAUCACAGCUGCUCUCCGGAUGUUCAUGGAGCUGGGGAUGGUACAGAAAUUUAAAAUUGACUAUGAGACACUGUGUAGGUGGCUUUUGACAGUGAGGAAGAACUAUCGGAUGGUUCUGUACCACAACUGGAGACAUGCCUUCAACGUGUGUCAGCUGAUGUUUGCGAUGUUAACCACUGCUGGGUUUCAAGAGAUUCUGACCGAGGUGGAAAUUUUAGCCGUGAUUGUGGGAUGCCUGUGUCAUGACCUCGACCACAGGGGAACCAACAAUGCCUUCCAAGCUAAGAGCGGUUCCGCCCUGGCCCAACUCUAUGGAACCUCUGCUACCUUGGAGCAUCACCAUUUCAACCACGCCGUGAUGAUCCUUCAAAGUGAGGGUCACAAUAUCUUUGCUAACCUGUCCUCCAAGGAAUAUAGUGACCUUAUGCAGCUUUUGAAGCAGUCAAUAUUGGCAACAGACCUCACGCUGUACUUUGAGAGGAGAACUGAAUUCUUUGAACUUGUCAGUAAAGGAGAAUACGAUUGGAACAUCAAAAACCAUCGUGAUGUAUUUCGAUCAAUGUUAAUGACAGCCUGUGACCUUGGAGCCGUGACCAAACCGUGGGAGAUCUCAAGACAGGUGGCAGAACUUGUAACCAGUGAGUUCUUUGAACAAGGAGAUCGGGAGAGAUUAGAGCUCAAACUCACUCCUUCGGCAAUUUUUGAUCGGAACCGGAAAGAUGAACUGCCUCGGUUGCAACUGGAGUGGAUUGAUAGCAUCUGCAUGCCUUUGUAUCAGGCACUGGUAAAGGUCAAUGUGAAACUGAAGCCGAUGCUAGAUUCAGUAGCUGCAAACAGAAGUAAGUGGGAAGAGCUGCACCAAAAACGGCUGCUGGCCUCAACUGCCUCAUCCUCCCCUGCCAGUGCUAUGGUAGCCACGGAAGACAGGAACUAACCCUCCAGGUCAGCUGCAGCUGCGAAGUGACUCAGCCUGAAGGGCCACUUUCAGUCCAGCCAUGUCAUCCUUUUGUUCUUUUAGUUCAGAAAGACCUAACAUCUCAAGGAUGCACUGGGAAGCACGCCUGGGCUUUCACCUUGAAGCGUGGUCAGCAGCAGAGAGAGCAACGGGAAGGACAAAGAAAGAGGUGGGGCAGGGAGCACACCACAGGACCCUCACUUUUCCCUAAUGGACACGCAUGGGCUGAAAUGAAGGUUCUGGGUAGGGGACUGUUUUGGAUCCAAGGAUCUGUGGACAGGCGGCCUACUGGCUCUGAGCUGAGGGAACACUGAACAGUAAAAGCGUCAUUAGCGCUGCUUCAUUUUGUAUAUGGCUUUUCUGUUUGUUACAGGCCAAACACUGCCUGUCUUUGCUUCCUGUCCCUGAAUGCCUUUUUGUGCCAGACCAUCCCAAGAAUCCUAAUUUGUAUUCCAUAGAGAUAUUUUAUUUUUAAUCCUAGAGCUUCUUAUUGAUGGAUCCUUUAGAAUUGCCUACCUGAAAGUAAACUAUACUAUCCUUAUAAAUACUGGUCAAUCCCAGUUCUCCCCCUAAAAAGGAAUACAUAGUAGGAGUAUAGCAAAUGUGUUUGAUGGGUAAUUCUAGACUUGGACUAUGGUACCCUCUUCCAGAGUUUUAAAAUUUAACCUUCAUUACAGACCAAGUUUUCUCCCAGAAGGAAUGGAUUGAUAGAUUUUGAUUAAAGUAAGGGUGGAAGGAAAUCUGUAGCUGGAUUCACCACAGGUGACAUCUAGAAACUAUGGUUCACAGGACAGGGCAGAGCCAUGGAGACUAAGCAUUGACCACCUUGAGUUCUCCUAGUGAGGAGUUCUGUUAUAAAAUGUAAAGUUACUGCCAGUAACCAACUUAAAGCAAACUAUAGGGGUCCCUAAUUUUGGAUUUUUCUUUAAGUGUAAGAAAUAAUGCUUCAAAUGUUAAGAAAUAACAGUCUGGGCAAAGAACGCAUAUUCUAUAGGAAGCCAGGUUUACAAUAGGUAAGAAUAAACUGUAUUAAGUAGAUGUAAUGACUAGAAAGCUGCUUUGCUCCCUGUUUUGAGAAAUUGUGGACGUAGCAUGUCUUAUCCAAAGAACGCUGGGCUAGAAGAUAGAUUUCUAUCCCUAGCUUUGGCAUUAUUGACUAGAUUGACUUGAACAAGUCACUUCACUUCUCCAAGCGUGUUUCUUUAUUUGUCAAAUUAGAUUACACUAGGAAAUGAUUCUUGAACAUGUUUUAACCUUACAACUCUCUGUUCAAAUAAAUCUUUCAAUGAAUCCCCAACAUA